GAGUAUAUCAGGCGACAGCUAGAAGAGGAGCAGCGGCACUUGGAAAUUCUACAGCAGCAGCUGCUCCAGGAGCAGGCCAUGUUACUGGAAUACAGAUGGCGAGAGAUGGAGGAACACCGACAGGCGGAGCGACUCCAGCGCCAGUUGCAGCAGGAGCAAGCCUACCUCCUGUCGCUGCAGCAUGAUCACAGGCGGCAGCAGCAGCAGCAACAGCAGCAGCAGCAGCAGCAGCAGCAGCAGCAAGAAAGAAAUAAACAAAGCUAUCAUACCCCUGAGCCAAAAUCCCACUAUGAGCCUGCUGAAAGAGCGCGUGAGGUGGAGGAGAGAUUUAGAAAAACUAAUCAGGGCUCCCCUGAAGCACAGUCUAAGCAGAUGGGCAAAGUGUUGGAGCCACCAGUGCCUUCAAGAUCGGAGUCCUUUUCCAAUGGAAACUCAGAACCUGCUCAGCCUGCCCUGCAGAGGCCAAUGGAGCCCCAGGUACAGUGGUCCCAUCUGGCAUCUCUCAAGAACAAUGUUUCCCCUGUCUCGCGAUCCCAUUCCUUCAGUGACCCUUCUCCCAAAUUUGCUCAUCACCAUCUUCGUUCCCAGGACCCAUAUCCACCUUCACGCAGUGAAGUGCUAAAUCAGAGUUCUGACUCUAAGUCGGAGGUACCCGACCCCACCCAAAAGGCUUGGGCUAGAUCAGACAGUGACGAGGUGCCUCCAAGGGUACCUGUGAGAACAACGUCUCGAUCGCCAGUCCUGUCCCGCCGUGACUCUCCACUGCAGGGCAGUGGGCAGCAAAAUAACCAAGCAGGGCAAAGAAACUCCACAAGCAAUAUAGAGCCUCGUCUGCUGUGGGAAAGGGUGGAGAAGCUUGUACCAAGACCAGGCAGUGGCAGUUCUUCGGGUUCAAGCAACUCUGGCUCACAGCCUGGUUCCCACCCUGGUUCUCAGAGUGGGUCUGGAGAGCGGUUUCGGAUGAGAUCAUCAUCCAAAUCAGAGGGUUCGCCAUCGCAGCGUCAUGAAACUGCACCGAAAAAGCCUGAAGAGAAAAAGGAAGUCUUCAGACCUAUCAAGCCUGCUGGAGAAGUGGAUUUAACUGCAUUGGCAAAAGAAUUGCGAGCGGUAGAGGAUGUGCGACCUCCACAUAAAGUGACGGAUUAUUCAUCCUCAAGUGAGGAGUCAGGGACGACAGAUGAGGAAGACGAUGAUAUGGAACAAGAAGGAGCAGAUGAAUCUACUUCUGGACCAGAUGAUGUCCGAGCAGUGUCAACACUGAACUUGAGCAAUGGUGAAACAGAGUCAGUGAAAACCAUGAUCGUCCAUGACGACGUGGAGAGUGAACCUGCCUUGACUCCUUCUAAGGAGGGCACCUUAAUUGUCCGACAGAGUACAGUUGACAAAAAGCGUGCCAGCCAUCAUGAGAGCAAUGGCUUUGCCGGUCGCAUUCACCUCUUGCCAGAUCUCUUACAGCAAAGCCAUUCCUCCUCCACUUCCUCCACCUCCUCCUCCCCAUCCUCCAGCCAGCCGACACCCACCAUGUCCCCACAGACACCCCAGGACAAGCUAACUACUAAUGAGACUCAGUCCGCUAGUAACACACUCCAGAAACACAAAUCUUCCUCCUCCUUUACACCUUUUAUAGACCCCAGAUUACUACAGAUUUCUCCAUCUAGUGGGACAACUGUGACUUCUGUGGGAUUUUCUAGUGAAGCAAUGAGAUCAGAGGCAAUAAGGCAAGACCCUACACGGAAAGGAUCAGUUGUCAAUGUGAAUCCCACGAAUACACGGCCACAGAGUGAUACCCCAGAGAUUCGCAAAUACAAGAAGAGAUUCAAUUCUGAGAUCCUGUGUGCUGCCUUAUGGGGAGUGAACUUGUUAGUGGGCACUGAAAGUGGUCUGAUGCUGCUAGACAGAAGUGGUCAGGGGAAGGUUUAUCCACUCAUCAAUCGAAGACGAUUCCAGCAAAUGGAUGUACUUGAAGGGCUGAAUGUCUUGGUGACAAUUUCUGGUAAGAAGAACAAGUUGCGAGUUUACUAUUUGUCCUGGUUAAGAAAUAAAAUCCUUCACAACGACCCAGAAGUAGAAAAGAAACAGGGUUGGACAACAGUGGGCGACUUGGAAGGCUGUGUGCACUAUAAAGUUGUAAAAUAUGAAAGAAUCAAGUUCUUGGUAAUUGCAUUGAAGAGUUCUGUGGAAGUCUAUGCAUGGGCACCAAAGCCAUACCAUAAAUUUAUGGCCUUUAAGUCAUUUGGAGAACUGGUACAUAAGCCAUUGCUGGUGGAUCUAACCGUAGAAGAGGGUCAGAGACUAAAAGUGAUCUAUGGCUCCUGCGCUGGCUUCCAUGCUGUUGAUGUGGAUUCAGGAUCAGUCUAUGAUAUUUAUCUACCAACACAUAUCCAGAGCAGUAUCCAACCUCACGCAAUCAUCAUUCUCCCAAACACGGAUGGGAUGGAACUAUUAGUCUGCUACGAGGAUGAAGGAGUUUACGUCAACACAUAUGGAAGGAUCACCAAGGAUGUGGUUUUGCAGUGGGGAGAGAUGCCAACUUCUGUUGCGUACAUCCGAUCCAACCAGAUUAUGGGCUGGGGAGAAAAGGCUAUCGAAAUACGAUCGGUGGAAACUGGACACUUGGAUGGUGUGUUCAUGCACAAAAGGGCACAAAGACUCAAGUUCUUAUGCGAACGCAAUGACAAGGUUUUCUUUGCCUCCGUACGGUCGGGUGGAAGCAGUCAAGUCUAUUUCAUGACCCUUGGCAGGACUUCUCUUCUGAGCUGGUAGAAGCGGUGGGAUUUGGCAAGGAAUUGCUGACAUCCAGAGUCUGAGAUCUUCAUAACUCGGAAUUAUUUUCAACUGGAGUACAGACCUGCACUAAUGCAGCACUCUGUGUAAAUGUGUGUGCAGGCAUCACUGGUGUUAGGUUUCUUUUUGUUUUUCAACGGAGGCUGCGAUGCGGCUGGUGCUGUAAAGAUAUUGCCAUCAGGUGCUACAAUGUCUUUGAGAUUUGGGAUCAUGCUAGAAAGCUACAGGUCUUCUUUUCCCUUCAGCUCCAGGAUUCCUAGGCUUUGAAGGACUCUGUCUGUUAGUGUUAAAACAGAGAGGGGGGAAAAAAGGAAAAUAAAACCAGACUUACCGUGAACAUGCUGUUGAGUGGACAGGAGGCAGGCAAGAGAAGGUGAGAAGUGGUGUAGAGAGUCAGACUGGCUGAAACAGAGGGCAGAUCUAGUCUAGUAAUGUUAACAAUGUAUUUAAUUGACAUUUCUUUUUUGUAAUGUGACAAUAUGUGGACAAAGAGGAAAGUGCAGGUUUUAAGAAGUUAAUAUUUAUAAAAUGUGAAAGAUGCAGUGACUAGGAUAACUUCUUCUUGGGGACAGGGAGGGUGGGAAGGGGCUCGGGGUGGAAUUCUUGGGUUGGUUUUUUUUUUGUUUCUGCAGUUUUAUUUUGGCCUGGCCAAUAACUUUAGUAAUUUUCUGUGUACCAGGUAUUGCCUGAAACAUGUGCAGAUGAUUAAAAAAGGAAAAAAAAAAAAAAAAGGAAAAAAGCAAAAAAAAAAAAGGAGAAAAAAAUAAUUUUCUAUAAUGAUUCUGUGUUAGGCCAGAACUUGGUUAUGUCACAGUAUUAGCACUGCCUCAGUUAAAGGUUUAAUUUUUGUUUAAACCUAGAAGUGCAACAACAGUUUUACCACAGUCUGCACUCGCAGAACUAAGAAAAAAAAAAAGAUAAAUGAAAUCCAAACUACGUAUGUUUAUUUUUUGUGCCUACCUCAUUGUUUUUAAUGCAUAAAAUAAAAGAGGUGGUUUAGUUUAUACGUUUUUAGAUUAAAACCAUUAAUGUCUAAUUUAAUCUUAAUACCAAAACUACCAGAUUGAAAGGUUUCUGACUGUUAUUGCAUAGCAAGUUUUUGGAGGAGAGAGUGGUCUGCUGGGGCAAUAGUGGUAGCGGUAUGGCAGUGAGACACUGAUUAAUGUAAUUUGCUUACAAAAUUUGGUAAAGCAACCGUUUUUUUAAAACCAAUUUCGUCCUUAAUAGAAGUCUGAAUUUAGCCUGAAACCAGAGGUUUCACUCUUCUAACAAUGGGCUUAGUAACAGGCAGGUAAAAAUAACUAGGCUAGUUCUAUAAACUGUUAAAUGUUGUAGGAACCAUUUUGGGGCGGUGAUGUUUUUCUUUUUUAAGAAUGCAAUGCACUAAAACUCUUUUAAGAAUGUAGUUAAUACUGCUUAUUCAUAAAAACAGCGUAUUCCUGUGUUUAGAUGUAAGAUCCCAGCUCUGGCUUUUUUUUUUUUUUUUUUUUUUUUUUUAAGUCAGUUUUAUUUUAUGAAUAAGUUCUGACAUUUGUAAUAAAUGUCUUGAGAGUAAUAAUUUGUUUAAUGGCUACAUGUUCAUUACUUGAGAAUCCUUGAGUGUAUAAUAAUCUGUUGGUGUUGUAAUAAUGCACAGUGUCACAAUUCAGCCAUUUUCCUUUUUGUUUUCACUUAAAAAAAAAAAAAAAAUUCCUUUGGUGGGGUACUUUGUUAACAGCUGCCUUAAGCUGUUCAUUCAGUGAACAGGCUCUCAGUGUUCCCUGGGCUUUGUCUUCUGCUGCGGUUAACUUUUCCUUCAUGGCAUGACAGGUAGGGCUUUUUUAAAAAACCACGUGUUCUUCAGUUCAGCCAAGCUGUUGGCUCGAGCGAGUGGUCACACAAUCAGUUUAGAGCCGAGAGCACCGAGUGUGCAAAGCUCAGAUUCGACAGACCCUUCUUUUGGUGUCAGAUCUGACUGCUGUAAAUCCUUCAACCCCAAUCAGCGUUGCUGCUGAAGACUCUCCUUCGAACGUUGUAGACGGUCGAAAAGCGAGCGGCA